AUGAGUUCAUCCAAUGAUAUCAGAUCCGACCUAGAAAAUUUGUCAACAGCCAUGACUGAUGAUCAACAAUCUCAAAACAAAACAUCAUACUCUGCUGUGUUUAAUAAUACUUCAGUUCAGUUGAAUCACGCAAUGUUAUUUAAUGCGUUACCCGAUACUCAAAUAGAAAAGUACUUAACAGCUCUUGGUGAAGUUGUUCGUGCACGAAAUAUUUUAUUUUCAUCAAGACUAUCAAAUUCUAUCUUUCCAGCUAAUCCUUGGUUGAAAAUUUUAUGUCCAAUUCAGCAGAAAUAA